AUGCACGAACACAGCAAGAAAGGGGCGCAAGGACCCUCGAUUGUCCUUGGCGUGGACUUUGGAACAACCUUCAAGAGCAGGGUUGCAUGGGCUUUCAAAGGAUCGUCGGAUGAUAUCGAGGUAAUAUCUACUUGGCCGGGGAGAGGCAAUGUCUGGCGAUAUUGUAAACCAGCAACUUCCGCAAAAGUGCCUUCAACCCUUUCUUACGGGGUCCAUGCCACCACCUGGGGCUACCAGGUCGGGCCGUACAAUGAGGCUUUUCGAGGGUUCAAGUUGCUUCUGGAUCAGGAGCAGGAAACGGAGUAUCCGCCGUCUCUGGCAUGCAAGGAACGGCUUAUGAGGUAUCAGACAACUGCGGUCAAGGUGACAGCGGACUAUUUGAGGUGUCUCCUUAGGCACAUCGAGGGCAUUUUGGAGCGGCGUCUGGGAAUAGCUACACAGGACAUGGAUUUGCGAUUCGUGCUCACAGUGCCAGCUGUCUGGUCUGACAGAGCUAAAGAUGCCACUUUGCAAGCCGCUCUGGAUGCCGGUAUCCAUCCCCAAGACGUCUCGCUCGUUUCAGAACCGGAGGCUGCUGCCCUCUAUUCAUUACGCGCCAUUCAACCCAACUCGGUUGCUAGAGAUGAUGUGUUCAUUGUCUGCGAUGCUGGCGGCGGCACGGUGGACCUAAUCUCGUACCAAGUCAAGAGUUUGGAGCCUCUCAGUUUGAGCGAGGUUGUGAAGGGAGCAGGUCGCGUCUGCGGUUCGAUGUUGUUGGACGAACGUUUCGAGAAAAGUCUCGAGGAAAGAAUGGGGCCCGAAGCCUUCGCCGCCUUGCCGGUAAAAUCGAGAGAAAUUGCAAUACAGUUUUGGCAAGAUAGAGUCAAGCCUGGUUUCAAGGGUACCUAUGACAAUGAAUACGCUGACGUUGACUACUUCAUCCCAAUUCCAGGAGCGCGUGACGAUCUCUCAAUCCCAAUUGAGGAUGGAUUCUUUUUCCUUACCAGGUCUGAUAUCAUCGCAAUCAUACUUGUCGGGGGGUUUGGCGCCUCCGAGUUCCUCUUUCAUCGCUUGCAAGAAGCAAACCCUACUGUGACUGUAAUGCAGCCGCGUGACGCUGGUGCGGUUCAUCGAGGGCUGGAUGGCAACCAGGUAGAAAAUCGCAUCGCCUGCCGCCAUUACGGCGUCGGCUAUCGCACUCAAUACAUCGAAAGUCGACAUGAUCCUAAUGACAGAUAUUGGGAUGAGCUUGAGGAGAAGUACAUGGUCGAUGAUCGCAUGAAUUGGUAUAUCAAAAAGUACUCGAAGCUUUCCGAGAGCGAGCCGAUCAAGAUGCCAUUCUAUUGUAUUGUGCGGACCACUCACACGGCGGGCUUCUUAUUGAAGAACGGCUUAUUCUUCUGUAAUCACGAGGAUGCACCGGAUACGAAGAAUAAUGGAACGAUACAGUUGUGCACACUGGAAGCGGACCUCAGCAGAGUCCCUCGAGAGCUCUUUUACCGAAAGCGUAACUCCAAGGGAGUUGAGUACUUCGAGAUUCAUUUCAAAUUAGUCAUGAUCCCGACGUCUGCCUCACUAAUGUUUGAGCUCGAAUUCAACGGGGUACCCUACGGCAGCGUCCGUUCAAAGUAUUAAUAGCUUGGCGAGGCAGAGAUGGCCGUCGCCAAUGGUUCAAUUCUAACCCAGAGUCAUCGUGGGUUAUUCUUACUAUGUGCAUUUGCUAUUCGUGAAGGAUCUAUUCCGGUGAUUGGAGCGAUAUCCAGAAUGACGAAGUCUUUGUUCGCUUACCUCAACCGUUCCCAAGAUUGUCUUCAGAUACAUGAGCUGAGAAUGCAUUGCUAUGUUUUGAUACUUCUGUCAAAAUGACUGUCUUGACCGUCAGCGUUGAGCAUGGCAAAGUCGCCUCAGUGACUGAUUGAUUCACGGGUCCCUGUCUGCGAGUGACAUUUCGGGACGAUAUCCAUAUAUAAUACACCUCAGGCCAGCCCCGUGAAGGCAAAAGCACGCAUUUUGCUUAUGGG